AUGGCUGGAAAAAACCAAACUCUCAUCUUGGAGUUCCUCCUCCUGGGUCUACCCAUCUCGUCAGAGUAUCAUCUCCUGUUCUAUGCCCUGCUCCUGGCCAUGUACCUCACCACUCUCCUGGGAAACCUGUUAAUCAUUCUCCUUGUUCGACUGGACUCCCAUCUCCACACACCCAUGUACUUGUUUCUCAGCAACUUAUCCUUCUCUGAUCUCUGCUUUUCCUCUGUCACAAUACCUAAAUUGCUUCAGAACAUGCAGAGCCAAGUUCCAACGAUAUCCUAUGCAGGCUGCUUGACACAGUUGUACUUCUUUAUGUUUUUUGGAGAUAUGGAGAGCUUCCUUCUUGUGGUCAUGGCCUAUGACCGCUAUGUGGCCAUCUGCUUUCCUUUGCAUUAUACCAGCAUCAUGAGCACAAAGUUUUGUGUUUUACUAGUGCUACUACUCUGGAUGCUGACAAUAUCCCAUGCCCUGCUGCAUACCCUACUCAUGGCUAGAUUGUCUUUUUGUGAGAACAAUGUCAUUCUUCACUUUUUCUGUGACAUUUCUGCUCUUCUGAAGUUGUCCUGCUCAGACACUUAUGUUAAUGAGUUGAUGAUAUUUAUCAUGGGAGGGAUCAUCAGUAUUAUUCCAUUUCUACUCAUUGUUAUGUCUUAUGUAAGGAUUUUUUUCUCCAUUCUCAAGGUUCCAUCUUCUCAGGACAUCCACAAGGUCUUCUCCACCUGUGGUUCCCAUCUGUCCGUGGUGACCUUGUUUUAUGGGACAAUUAUUGGUCUCUACUUAUGUCCAUCAGGUAAUAAUUCUACUGUGAAGGAGAUUUCCAUGGCCAUGAUGUACACAGUGGUGACUCCCAUGCUGAACCCCUUCAUCUACAGCCUGAGGAAUAGAGACAUGAAGAGGGCCCUAAUAAGAGUUAUCUUCAGUAAGAAAAUCUCUCUGUAA